AUGUCUUGGCAAGCGUACACUGACAACCUUUUGGGAACUGGUAAAGUUGACAAAGCUGUCAUAUAUUCUAGAGCAGGGGACUCUGCUUGGGCCAGCUCAGGUGGACUGAACUUGCAAGCUAACGAGAUUCGCGAGAUUGUGCAAGGGUUCGACAAUCCUUCUGGUUUACAAAGCAACGGGUUGCACAUUCAAGGUCAAAAAUUCAUGCUGUUGAGAGCUGAUGAUAGAAGUAUUUACGGUAGACAUGAUGCUGAAGGUGUAAUCUGUGUAAGAACCAAACAGACAGUGCUCAUUGCGCAUUACCCACCAAGCGUUCAAGCAGGUGAAGCUACCAAGAUUGUCGAACAGCUGGCAGAUUACCUGAUCAGUGUGCAGUAUUAG